CAAUUUCGUUUUGUUGGUCUACUUUCAAUUCAUUGUUGUUUUUCACGUUUCUGUUUGUGGACGAAUUAUUGUUUAAGCAAAGAGCUGGUUUUUCCCACUUACAUUGCGAGAGCAGAGAUGUAACUUGCAGGCUAUCCAUUUGAUGCGGGUUUUAACAUUGCUUAUCCUCGUUGGUUUUGAUACUCGUAAAUUUUUUAUUCAGCAAAACCAGAUUCUUCCGAGGGUUCUUUCUGGGUUUUUGAGUUGUGUUUAGAAGAGAUGGGUAAUAUGGAUAAUUGAUGAUUAUUAUAAUUCUCUUGAGUCUUUGAAGUUUGACACAUCAAAUGGGAAAGAAGAAACGUAAGAUUGGAUGGUUGGGAGUAGGGUCUUGUUUUAUAUUUAAUCUGGAACAUUUUCCGGGAAGUACUGUGGAGGAGGCGUGACAUUAGUGUAUUGCACAGUUAUGAUUUGUUUCUCUUGCUUUUCUGGUAGGACAGUGGGCCCAUCAACUAAACAAUCUCCUGAAAUUGAUGAAGAAAUUUCAGGCAUCCACAAUCUCAAUCUCUUUACUUAUAGAGAGAUAAGAUCUGCCACUGCUGAUUUCAGUCCCAUCAAUAAAAUUGGCGAGGGUGGUUUUGGUUCUGUCUUCAAGGGAAGGCUUAGGAAUGGCACAGUUGCUGCUGUAAAGGUUCUUUCACCUGAAUCAAGACAAGGAAUAAAGGAGUUUUUAACAGAGAUUCAAGUGAUUUCAACAAUAGAGCAUGAAAACUUAGUCAAGCUCUAUGGCUGUUGUGUGGAAGAAGAUCAGAGAAUUUUAGUCUACAACUACCUCGAGAAUAACAGCCUGGCACAAACACUUCUUGGUGGACGCCAAAGUAGCAUCCAUUUUGAUUGGACAACACGAACUCGAAUUUGCAUAGGGGUUGCACGGGGGCUUAUGUUUCUUCAUGAGGAAGUGCAACCGCAUAUUGUUCAUCGAGAUAUCAAAGCUAGCAAUAUUCUCCUUGACAAAGACUUCAGUCCCAAAAUUUCAGACUUUGGCCUCGCUAAAUUGAUCCCUGAGAACACUACUCAUGUCAGCACCCGUGUGGCAGGAACACUAGGUUAUUUGGCACCAGAGUACGCAAUUGGAGGGUCCUUGACACGUAAAGCAGAUGUAUACAGUUUUGGUGUCCUCCUUUUGGAAAUAGUCAGUGGGAGAUGCAACACAAAUACACGAUUACCUGUUGGACAACAAUAUCUUCUUGAAAGGGCAUGGGACCUGUAUCAGACGAGGGAGCUUGUGUGGUUGGUAGAUUCAUCAUUGAAUGGGGAUUUUGAUCCUGAAGAAGCUUGUCGAUUCUUAAAGAUUGGUCUUCUCUGCACCCAAGAUGUGGCCAAGCGCCGGCCCCCCAUGUCAACUGUGGUCAGGAUGUUGACAGGUGAGAUGAACAUGGACGAAAUGGAGAUUGAAAAGCCAUCCAUGAUCUCUGAUCUGUCGAACCUCAAAGUUAAAAAAAGCCCCAAAACUGAGCGCGGUAAAGUCAACGAAAUGUACAAUUUGGCGAUGUCUAGCUCAGACAACCUAGACGGAACGGCCUUGACAUCUGAAACAUCGUCUCACGCAACCAUGACCUUCACUUCAAUAUAUGAUCGAAGCGCCUGAAAUCAUCUCUCCACAAAGGAAGCUGAAAUUUUGUUGAUUUAAUUUCAUUCAUCUGAUUCUUCUUGUGCUAAUUGUUUAGCUUGUGCAGAUUGUAUGCACUCUUGUUUUCUUGGUGGAUAACCCUUCAAGUUUGGAGUCGGAGUUGGGGAGCUAUAAUUCAUGUACCCGAUUCCAUGUAAUAGAGUUAAAUGCUUGUGCUGGUGGUUAUUGUUGUUGUUGUUGUUGUUUUUGUUGCGGCAAGGCACUCCCCCACACCAACCCGACCCGUUUUCUCUAGUCUGGUCUCAAAUUCUUACCCAGUUGUAAUUGUAAAUGAGCAUGAGAUCAGCUCAUGCAUUACUUGGGAAAUAUGUAUAUUAUGCCAUCAAUUUCAAAGAAAUUCAAACCAUUUACUUUC